AUGAGUAUAGUAAUCCUAUUGAUUUAUUCUCAAGCUAGUGCUGAUGCUAUUUUAUUUUUUUUCCAAAGCAUGAAGGAGAUCGUUGAAAAGUAUAAUAUAUGUCCAAACAAUGUUCGUAAACCUGAGCAGCCAUCUCUUGAGCUACAGGUAAGCUAAUAUGUUUCUUGCAGUAGAUGUAGUUUGUCCGUGAAAAGUUUGCUGCUUACCAUGAGACCACCGUAAGAAGUAUUAAUUCCCGAAUGAUAAUUAGAGACAUGAAUCAUAUGGUCCACACAUGAGAUUGCGGUUUUUGACAUGUUGCAGUAACUUCUUUAACACCAUAAUUUUCUCUUUCCAUUUUGACUACCGCUAAAUUUCUGCAAAACAUGCAUCAAAAAUUGUGGAUGACUAAAAUUGAGUUGCCUCGGCCAAGACAUUUUGCUAAGAAUUGCUUAGAUACUACGAUCUCAUGUGAACAGAGAUGAUCAUAAUUGACUUCGAAGCCUGGUUUUGGUUUCACUGUGUAUAACUGAUUACAUAUUGACCCUCUUACUGGAAAUAUAUUAUAUUAAUAUUUUUGAUGAUCUACUUUCAGCUUGUAUAAUUUGUAUUGCUUCAUCUGUGCAGAUUUGGUAUUUUUUCAUUUACAAACUAUAACAAAUGAAGCACGCAAAAAGAUUUAUAUCAAAAUUAUAGUUUUCCCGGUACAUAGUUUGAAUCCAUGGAUUAAGAAAAAUGUGAAAAAUGCUCUAAUCGUUUGUGUUAUGCAAACUGCAUUUUAAUGCAAAGCUUUGAUGAACUAGUGAAUAAUUUCUAUUGAUUCUUUCACUUUUUCCAGGAAUUUUUAAAUUCAAUAAACAUCUAUGUUCAGUCGUCGUGGUAAGUCCAGAUAAUUACCAAACUGAUUAGUUCUUCGCUCUUUAUAGCUAGAGAGUGUCAAGCAUGACAGUCUGGGCAAGGAAAUUGCUGAAACAGGCCAGCAACUUAAGUUUGUAUCUGUCCCUUACCCGUUUGAUUGAGCUCAAACUCGUCUGCAUGCGCAAUUGUGAAUGUGCUAUUUCCUCUUUAUAGACAACUGAAAGGAGAGGAUAUCCAAGAUUUAACGCUGAAGGAGCUAGUGCAGCUAGAAAAGACCCUUGAAAAAGGGCUAUGUCGUGUGCUUGAAAAAAAGGUAUGUGGCCAUGCUAUUUCAACCACUUUCAAGAAUGUCUCAAUGAGGAUGGAUUUUUGUCUAAAAAUUUUCAUGUUCACUUACAGGGUCAGAAAAUCAUGGAGGAAAUAAGCGGACUACAGCAGAAGGUCAGAAAUUGAGCAUCUCUAUUUAAUAUUAAACGUGUUUUGCUGCAAGAAUACUCAGCAACAUGCAGAGGGAUUACAUCUUGGCUUGAAUCUGAAUAAGAGUCGUUUUUUUUUUGUUCUUUUGACCGUCGUAAACGCCUGACUUAGUCUUUGAAUGAUUGAAAGUUGAAAUCGAGGAGAGAUAUUACGAAUAAAUUAAUAGGUCUAACAUGAUCAUAGGAAAGAUAUCAUAGCAGAAAGCCCCUACAAUCAAUAAAGUUUUUGUUUUUUAUUUCCUCUCUUGAGUUUCCCCAGAUAGAAGGAAACAAACAUUUCCUGUGGAGUAGGUCGAAAAAAAUUAUAUAUCAAGAUUUAGUUAGGAAGUUAGAUCUAUUUACUUCAAUUUGUAUUAUUUUAAUAAUUAUCAUCUCAGUGAUCCAUGAAAAUUGACUGUUUUUAAAAGUUAGAACUUAUAAGUAUUGGCCUUAAUCCGUAAGACUUUUAUGUGUACAGUGAGUCUAAGACUCCUAUGUCUCUGAAAACCACUAUGAAUAAGGAAUGCAUGAAACACCGUGGAUAAAACCCUCUCUAACAAAAAAAUAAAGCUUCAUUUCUACUUCGAUACUGAUUUUUCUGUUCUUGCAUGUCUAGGGUGCGAAACUAAUGGAAGAGAACGCACUGCUGAAGCAGCAAGUAGAACCCUGAUAAUUAACUUUCGUUGUCUCCCUUUAUGAAAGAAAACUUAUUUUAUUGUUUGAUGAAUGUAGGUUAUGGAAAUGACAAAAGGCAAGGAACAGUUGGCAUUGCCAAAGUCUGUCAGCAUUUUUCAUGAUGACAGGCAGUCUUCUGGUUCGAUCACUAGUGCCUCAAACUCAGGGGACACUCAGGACUGUGAUGACAGCUCUGACACUUCUCUUAAGUUAGGGUAAGCUCACAUAACGACCCAUUGCGAAAAAUAUGUUUCAGAUUAGUUUUUUCUCAUGCAUCUUCGUACCGAUGGCUAAAAACAAUGUUUUGAGAUUUUUUCUCAUGUACAUUUACAUAUUUUGAUUAUAAAUCAUAAAUUUGAUGCAAAGGAAUAUUCUUAAGACGUUCCUGAGCUAAGUAGAAUGUUAUCCCUGAACUAAGGCCUAGUUGAUUCCAGACAGGAGAGCUUAAUAAACAUAACUUUGAGAUGUAUAGAAUCGCAUAAUGCUAGGAUAAAACAAUAAUAAAGAAAAAGAUUAUGAUAAGAAUCAUCAGUUUACAUAAAACGUUAAAAAUCAUAAUGCAUUGUUUGGUCUUUUAUAUCUGCCACAGUAGAAGAGGAACGGAAGAAAAUUCAUUGGCAUUUAAAGUUUGCGUUCUCAUGAAGAUGCCACAAUCCUUCUUUCUCAACCAGUUCAGCCCUCCCAGAAAAGAACAUAAAAUAAUACUAAUAGUUAUGAAACUCCCGACUGUAUUAAUGAGUUCAUUCCACAUCAUUUUGAGAUUGUGUGAGAACCUUCAUAUUCUACAGGUUUUAAAUAUGCUACUAAUUUUUCAAAAUUCCAUAUGAAAACCUCAAAAGUAUUUUUGUAAGGAAUUAAAUUAUAUUUUCUCAUUUUGUAUAAACAAAUGCAUUUACUGAGAAUGGUAAUGCCAUCUUGAGGUACCGAACAAAGAGAUCGAAUCUCGUCAUAUAGUAUCCUAGGUUAGGUACAUGUGAAUGCAUUGUCUGAGCUGUCUCACAAUAUCUGCACAUAAUGGUGAUGGCAGCUGGAAUAGUUUUUGGUGUUUUGAAGCGGCAAUAAGUGGGGAAUACUUAUGACCUUAUGGAAAAUACAAAGUUGCAGCUUUAUGAAAUGUCAUUAAUUGAUGUUUAGUUGCCAAAUAGCAGGCAACAGUCGAUCAUAACCCUUCAUCGUUUCGGAUUUCAUAAUGUUUGACCAUUGUUGUUGUGAUCUGUGUUUCAGUACAGUAGUAGUUUUGUGCGGUUGCAUGCUGUUCCCUUGAUUCUCUGUAUCGUCAGAUAUGAAAAGAGAAAUUAAAACAGAGCAAGAAAAAGGAAAGUGA